CCCACGGCUGGGAGCCUGGGAGUCUGCGUUCUGGUUUUUUAUUUUGUUUUGUGACUCAACAAUAUAAGAAAAUCGGAGGGGCUUCGGCCGCUUCGGGUUCUCGCCCCCUCCGUUUAAGGCUCAAUGGAUGUGGGAAGCGGGGACGCCGGGGAGUGUUUGAGGGACGUUCACUAGUGGCGUUGAUGGACAAUAAAUCUGCUUAAUUCAUUGCCGGCUUACAGAGUUACAGUCGAACCGGUUCCUCCGUCGUAGUUGGCGUUCUUCUUUUCCUUCCUGCGGCGGCGAGGCUCGAUAAGCGUAUUGGCGGCUUCCUCGCUGUGUGGGAUGAAACAUAUAGCCCUUAAAUGGCAGAACAAGCUGGGGGAGAAGACCUUGAGAGACAUCUCGAUAAUGGGUAGGCAGAUGAACCUUGGAAAAAGAGGAAUUCCGGAACCAGCUUCAGAAGAAGUGUCCGCCGAUCCAUCCAGAGGUAAGCAGCUCUUCAGUCGGUCUCAAUGUGGUGCCUCUGUUUUCAACAGCCCAGGUUCUGAUUCGCGCUGUGAUGUACUGGAAAACGAAAGCUUUUCACAUAACAAUCCUGAUUUUCGUGUUAAGUCUAUGGGAAUUGUUGAUUCACGUUGUGAAUCUGGCGAUGCCCAAUUGCUAUCUGAUGGUCAGAAGAAAGGAGGAAUGAACGUUUCACUGAAAAAUCAUGAUUCACGUAUAAGUUUUGCGGGAAUUUUUGAUUUAAAACGUGGCCACCGAAGCACCCAGUCUUUUUCUAUUCGUAAGGAAGACGUAUCGGCAACUCCCACAAAACUCUCGAGUUCCUUUAGCAAAAUGGAGGGCAGAAACUUUGAUACCAUCAAUAAAGAUCUAGUGACGAAUAUGCUUGAGAUGAAAGACUGGUUUACUGUGUUAAAUGGUGAGUUCAAAGACAAUUUAAGCGUUGUGACUCCAAAUUUUGUUAUUGGAGUGUUAAGGGUUCAGGAGAAACCUCUGCUAUCUCUCAAGUUUUUCAUAUGGGCUGCUCAUGUUAAUGAGGAUGUUGCAAAAGAUCGUUCAGUGAGGGGUGCUAUAAGCGAUGUGCUUGUCAUGAAAGGUCCGGUGGUUUUAUCGGUCGAAUUGUUGCGGGAGCUCCAGAAUGUUGGAUGUAGAGUAACGGAAGAUUUGUUCUGUUUGUUGGUAAAUAGCUGGGGAAGAUUAGGACUUGCCAAGUACUCGAGUGAAGUUUUUGGUCAGAUGUCAUUUUUAGGGCUGAGGCGAAGUACUCGCGUGUAUAAUUCUGUGCUUGAAUGUUUGGUGAAAUCAAAUUGCCUUGAUUUAGCAUAUUUUAGGUUUGAGCAAAUGGAGGGUGAUGGUUGCGUACCAGAUCGAUUCACGUACAAUAUCCUUGUUCAUGGAGUCUGCAAGAUUGGGAUAGUUGAAGAAGCUCUGAGGCUUUUGAAGCAAAUGGAAAAUGCCGACAUCUGUCCUAAUGUAUUCACUUAUACAAUGCUCAUUGAUGGGUUUUCUAACGCACGUGACGUUGAAGGUUUGCUUGGGGUCGUAGAGAUGAUGAAGAGAAAAAAUGUGGCUCCUAAUGAAACCACUGUUAGAUCAUUGGUGCACGGUGUUUUCAAGUGUGAAAAUCCACGUCGAGCAUAUGAAAUUUUGGUCGACUUCCUGAAAAAGGAACCUGGUUUGUAUAAAUACUCAACCAGUUCCAUGUUACACUGCCUCUCUAAAAAUGCGAUGGCAGGGCAAGCUAUUGAGUUUAUAAGUGAGAUGCGUGAAAAUGGUCACACUGUUGAUACAGUUACUUUCAGUCUUGUGAUAAGUUGUCUUAUCAAAUCCUCUUGUCUUGUUGAAUCAUGCAAAUUAGUGGAUGAGGUUCAUAAGCGAGGAGAGAAACUGGGACUUGAUGUGUAUCUAAUGUUGGUUUCUGCAUUGUACAGUGCAGGUCGAAAUGAGGAUGCUGAACAAUAUGUUUGCCGGAUGGAUGAGGAUGGGUUGCUUUGCAAUGUCUAUGCAUACAAUUUACUGAUUAAUAUUUUAUCUAAAGCAAAUGAUAUGGACAAGGCAUCAAAAAUAUUCAGUGACAUGCGAGAAAGAGGUUGCGCUCCAAAUCUUAUAUCCUUCAAUAUGCUUAUAGGUGGCCACAGUAGAAGAGGUCAGGUUCAUAAAACUCAUGAGCUGUUGAAAUUACUCCUAGAACAUGGUUUCAAGCCUGAUAUUUUCACAUUUAGUUCCAUAAUAGAUUGUCUUUGUAGAAACCAUCAGUUAGAAGAUGCAUUGGACUGCUUCAGUGAGAUGGUUGAAUGGGGUGUCCCUCCCAAUGAGGUCACUUACAAUAUCAUUAUCCGUUCUCUUUGUAAUGUUGGGCAAGUUGGUAGAUCAUUGUGGUUACUGCAAAAGCAGCUAUCUGACGGGAUCACCCCUGAUGUUUUUUCUUUCAAUGCUCUCAUACUGAGUCUCUGCAAAAUGAAAAACCUUGAGAAGGCAAAGGAUCUAUUCCAUUCCAUGUCAAGGUAUGGUGUCACUCCUGACUGUUACACAUACAAUGCCUUUAUUAAAGCUUUAUGUGAUUCAGGAAAGACGGAUGGAGCCAAAACUGUUCUGAUUAUGAUGGACCAGAAUGGCUGCAGCCCAAACUCCCAUUCAUACUGCCCAAUAAUUGAUGCCUUAUCCCUUAAAGGUUGCUUUGAGGAGGCCCAGGAAUUGGCUCAAAUAUGUAGAAAGAGAGGUAUUCUUGUGAAGUAAUAAAAGAAUAGCUGCAGACCAAACUCCAAUUCAUAGUGCCCAAUGCUUGAUGGAAGACAGAAAAUGAAAACAGGAGGAAGAUGUGCUAUCCUUAGAAGCAUUUAAAUGAAUUUGCCAGUUUGCGAUCCAGUGCUUAGCGUUUCUUCACAUUCUUUAUGAAAUUGCCGUUGCUCUUUUUUGUCGUGAUGGGGUUUCUGUAUUUGAAAGGAUGAUGGUUUACCUAGCGCGUUCACUUGUGAAUACAACGCAGUGGGGGGAAUGUUGUUAUGAUGGUUUUGUAACCAAAACUUAUGGCCUUUUUGUACAAACCACUUCUUUCUAAGCCUUUACACCUUCUGAAGAUCUAUUCAUUGAGUCUCAGGCUUGACUUAAGAAGUUCCAGGUUCGAGCAUAUUCAGACAAGGUGAUGUGGAAUCAAAAUAUCAUGUUGUUUUCCUUUGAGAUAAUGGAUUUCCCGUUGAGAAAUCAAAAGAUGAUUUGAAGCUCCUUUUUUCUGCAACAUUACUACUGAUUGACCUGUGUACCUGAUGUGCCUCGAUCAUUAGGAGCUGAUGAGGGAUCUAAUGAAAUACGAGAUGAAGAUGAACAUUUUUUUUAUGGCUACUUUGCAAAGAUCUGUGCAUGGUCAUCUCCUCAAGUAUGUCAAAGUAGGACAUGGAAGAGCAUUGCUCGGAGAAUUGGUGUUGAUGUUGGACUGGAACUUGUUUGUGAGGCAACCAAGGUCGAUAACAAGUUUUUUUUAUCAUGUAAAAAAACAUAUUAUCAAUUUAAAAAUUCCUAUUUUUGUAUCAUA